CUCACCUUCCAUCACGGAUUCACGGUCACGGUCGAGGAGGAAGAAACGGUACCGCGCCCGCGGCGAGAGCCUGGGAGGCUGGGAGGAGGAAGAACCCUCUCGACUCGAUUCUUCGCCCAUCGCCUCGCCGCCCCGAUCCAGUUGGUGGCCUAUGGCGGGCGAGGGCGAGGACGAGGCGGCGGCCAUUGAGCGGCAGCUGGAGCAGCAGCUGCAGGAGCAGCGGUCCUCCCUCGCCGCGGUCGACGAGGCCCUCGCCGCCGACCCCUCCAACGCCGACCUCCUCGAGGUUCAUGAGGAGCUUCUUGCUGCGAUUAAGGAUGCCGAGGAGGGUCUUCUCCAUUUGAAGCGCUCUAGGCUACUGAAGCAAGUAGAUGAGAUCUUUCCAGAUAAGGAAUCAAUAUCCCAAUCACCCGAAGUUGCUAUUGAGUCAUUAGAUCCAGAUGAUGUUGAGCCAGAACCACUGGAGUCACAUGAUUUUUCAGUUGGAUCAAAGUGUAGAUUCCGGCACAACAAUGGGCGCUGGUAUAAUGGAUGCAUUAUAGGCUUUGAAGGUUCAGGCGAUGCAAGGAUCUCAUUUCUGACACCUACAUCUGAAAAUAUGUCGAUAUGCAAGUUCUUCCUACAGCAGCGAUGUCGAUUUGGUAGUAACUGCCGCAUGUCUCAUGGUAUUGUAAUGCCUUCUAAAGCCUUGAAGCGAUUCACUCCAACUAGGUGGGAGCAGUCCUUGGUAGGCUCCAGCAUACUGGCAACUUCUGGGUAUAACUCUGGCCUUUGGAGGAGAGCAGAGCUUGAGUCAUGGGAUGAUAAUCUGAAGAUUGGCCAAGUUGUUUUUCAAGAUGAUGGGAGUUCUGCGAGUCUGCCAAGUGAUUCUCUUUCUGUCUCGGAAUACGCUGACAUGAGUGACGAAGAUGAAGGAAGCUUAAGUGACGAAGAAUCUGAGUUCAGUGACGAUGCUGAUCAAGAGGACGGAAGUGUUCAUCAGGGUCUUGGCCUUUUAGAAUUCACAAAUUUUAGUGGCAUUCAGACAGAUACCAUGAUCUUCGCAAAAUGGGAGCACCACACCAGGGGUGUUGCCUCCAAAAUGAUGGCAAAAAUGGGUUACCGAGAGGGGAUGGGGCUUGGUGUGUCUGGCCAAGGCAUGCUUGAUCCAAUUCCAGUUAAGGUACUACCCCCAAAGCAAUCACUUGAUCAUGCACUUGCUUCAAGCGAGGCUGACGGAGGCAGUGGGAAAAAGCGCAGUAGGGGUGGGAAAAGGAAGCGUGAGAAGAAGUUUGCAGAACAGGCCAGGGCUGCUAAAGCUGAAGAAGCUGAGAGAUCUGUCUUUAAUUUUAUCAACAGCCAUCUAGUAAGCCAAGAAGGUUCGACCACCAAAGUUAGAAAGGGUUCAUCAGUUGAGACCAAUGGACUCGCUAAGAAGGAAGACAGAAGAUCCUUGGUUGCAUACGGUGAGGAAGUGAAGGAGCUGAGGAUUCGAGUUGAGAAACUGGAAGAGAUGAAGAACCGUAACUGCAAAGACAAGGCAUUCUUUGAAGCAGCUUCAAGGAAACUGGAAGAGACUCGGAAGGCACUCGCUGAUGCUGAAGCUACCCACGCUUCAGCGACGAGUGCAGUUACUAGAAAGGAGAAAGAGAAGAAAUGGUUGAAAUUCUGAUGUCAAUUUCAUGUGUGCCAACGCUUCUCUGUCUGUGUUCUGACAAGAACGUGGCAUGAUGUAUGCAACUUACAAUUGUUCCCCAUGUCAGCUCUUAGCCUUCUACACUUGUAUGUCUAUCAAGUUUUAGAUCUGUUGUAGAAGCAGUAACACUAAUAAUUAUUCGAAGGAUGUGGUAUUUAGAUGAGUUUUCGGCU